AUGGAUGAUCCUAACCACAGCAUCGCCGACGUCGGUGGCUCUCCUCCUUCUGGUGGACGGGGGAGGCGUAGGCAGAGGAAGAGCGAUGGGGAGGACGAUUAUGACACCGCCGUGCGCGGGGACCUCACCACGCGGGCGAAGAGGCGGCAGACGACAGGCAGUGCUGACGACGCCGGAGGCGCGGAAGUUGGGACAACGCGACGCGCCAAGGAAGCUAGUGGCAAGGCGGGCGGUCAAGCAUUGCGCCAGAAGGGCCGACCCGCAGCAAGAAAAACAUCCGGCGGAAGGAGAGGCAAGAAAGCAGCGAUGGGGACGAGGCCGAAACGGGGCGAUGAAGACCCUGGUGAUGCGGAGGAGGAGGAGGAUGAGGAGGAGGAUGCGGAGGAAGAGGAGGAUGAAGAGGAUGCGGAGGAGGAUGACGCGGAUGUUGGGGAGGAUGAAAAAGAUGAGAAUGAUGGCGGGGAGGACGAAGAGGAGGAGGAGGAGGAGGAGGAGGAGGACGAGGAGGAGGAUGAGGAGGAGGAGGAGGAGGAGGAGGAGGAGGAGGAGGAGGAGGAGCAGGGUGACGACGAGGAGGAGGAUGAGGAGGAGGAGGAGGAGGAGGAGGCAGAGGAGGAGGAGGAGGAGGAGGAGGAGGAGGAGGAGGAGGAGGAGGAGGAGCAGGAUGUGGCGCCAGCAUUGGGCCACCCGUAA